CGCCGGCGCUCCCCCUGACGUCACCGCGGGGGCGCCUGAAGGUGACGGUGGUCGGUGUCGGUGUCGGUGCCGGUCCCGGUGCCCCCCGUCAUGGCCGCCAGGCAGCUGCUGGCGCUGCGGCACCUGCCCGCCGCSGCCUUCUCGACGGCGCCCAAGAAGACGCAGUUCGGGUCGCUCCGGGAUGAGGACCGGAUCUUCACCAACCUCUACGGGCGGCACGACUGGCGGCUGCAGGGCGCCCUGCGCCGCGGCGAUUGGUACAAGACGAAGGAGAUCCUGCUCAAAGGCGUGGACUGGAUCCUCGGCGAGAUCAAGACCUCGGGGCUGCGGGGCCGCGGCGGCGCUGGGUUCCCCACCGGGCUCAAGUGGAGCUUCAUGAACAAACCCCCGGACGGGAGACCCAARUACCUGGUGGUGAACGCGGACGAGGGCGAGCCGGGCACCUGCAAGGACCGGGAGAUCAUGCGGCACGACCCGCACAAGCUCCUGGAGGGCUGCCUGGUGGCGGGGCGGGCCAUGGGCGCCCGUGCUGCCUACAUCUACAUCCGCGGGGAGUUCUACAACGAGGCCUCCAACCUGCAGGUGGCCAUCCGCGAGGCGUACGAGGCCGGGCUGCUGGGCGGUGACGCCUGCGGGUCAGGAUACGCCUUCGACGUGUUCGUGGUGCGCGGCGCCGGCGCCUACAUCUGCGGGGAGGAGACGGCGCUCAUCGAAUCCAUCGAGGGCAAGCAGGGCAAGCCCCGCCUGAAGCCUCCUUUCCCUGCUGACGUGGGUGUGUUUGGCUGCCCCACCACAGUGGCCAACGUGGAGACGGUGUCGGUGGCCCCCACGAUCUGCCGGCGCGGUGGCGCCUGGUUCGCCAGCUUCGGCCGGGAGCGGAAUUCAGGCACCAAGCUCUUCAACAUCUCGGGGCAUGUCAACACGCCCUGCACGGUGGAGGAGGAGAUGUCGGUGCCACUGAAGGAGCUCAUCGAGAAACACGCUGGAGGUGUCCGUGGGGGCUGGGACAACCUGCUGGCCGUCAUCCCGGGAGGCUCCUCCACACCGCUGCUGCCCAAGUCUGUGUGUGAGACGGUGCUGAUGGAUUUCGAUUCCCUGGUGCAGGCACAGAGCGGGCUGGGCACGGCUGCCGUCAUCGUCAUGGAUAAAUCGACUGACAUCAUCAAAGCCAUUGCACGCCUGAUCGAGUUCUACAAGCAUGAGAGCUGUGGGCAGUGCACCCCAUGCCGGGAAGGUGUGGACUGGAUGAACAAGGUGAUGGCGCGGUUCGUGCGGGGCGAYGCGCAGGCUGCCGAGAUCGAUGCGCUCUGGGAGAUCAGCAAACAGAUCGAGGGACACACCAUCUGUGCCCUGGGCGAUGGGGCGGCCUGGCCUGUGCAGGGCCUCAUCCGCCACUUCCGCCCCGAGCUGGAGGAGAGGAUGCGGCGCUACAACGAGGCCAAAGCCCGAGCAGUGUCAGCGUAAAGGUUCACCACCACACCUCCCUUCUCCUGCCUGCAAGGGGCUUCUGGGGUAAUGGCAGCACUUGGAGGGUCUCCAGAGAGUCCUUAAUAAAGGCUGCUGUGCUCCCAGGA